AUGCCUUUGACGGAACUGGUGAUUGCAAGUGGUGGUGUAUUCAGGAGCGCCACACAAGUGCUGUUCGACUUGCUGGCAGUGCCAUUCAUGGCUGCUGGUCUCGACAAACCAGAUAUCCCUGAGAUGUGUUCUAGAUACACUCAUUUCAGCGACAGUUUAUUCUGGACGGAGGAUCCCCUUUCGGAAUUUGAUAAUGAGGAUAUUGACCGUGCUAUAGCACUUUCUCUAUUAGAAGAGGAACACAGAAAACCAAAGGAAACAGGAAAGGAUCUGCAUUUAGAUGAGGAUGAACAACUGGCAAGAGCUAUUCAGGAAAGUUUAAAUGUUGAAUCACCCCCUCGUGCUCAUGAAAAUACCUCACCCCCUCGUGCUCGUGAAAAUAGCGCACACCCUCGUGCUCGGGAAAAUGGCAGCGCCAACGGUGGCAAUUCAUAUCAACAGUUACCAUUUAUGUUUUCGUCUGGAUUCAGGACAUGCGCUGGAUGUCACAAUGAGAUUGGCCAUGGACGUUUUCUUAGUUGCAUGGGAGCUGUUUGGCAUCCAGAGUGCUUUUGCUGCCAUGCUUGUAAUCAGCCAAUAUAUGACUAUGAGUUCUCCAUGUCGGGAAACCAUCCAUACCAUAAAACUUGUUACAAGGAGCGCUUUCAUCCAAAAUGUGAUGUCUGCAAGCAAUUUAUUCCUACAAAUAUGAACGGCCUUAUCGAAUAUAGGGCACAUCCUUUUUGGUUACAAAAGUACUGUCCAUCACAUGAGGUGGAUGGUACUCCAAGAUGCUGUAGUUGUGAAAGAAUGGAGCCAAGGGAAUCAAGAUAUGUAUUGCUUGAUGAUGGUCGUAAACUCUGCCUGGAGUGCCUUGACUCUGCAGUGAUGGAUACAAAUGAGUGCCAGCCUCUUUAUCUCGAAAUACAGGAGUUUUAUGAAGGUCUCAAUAUGAAAGUGGAACAACAGGUUCCUCUGCUUCUUGUAGAAAGACAGGCUUUAAAUGAAGCAAUGGAAGGAGAGAAAACUGGUCACCACCACCUUCCUGAAACCAGAGGUUUGUGCUUAUCGGAAGAGCAGACUGUCAGCACGAUAUUGAGGAGACCAAGAAUGACAGGAAACAAAAUUAUGGAAAUGAUAACAGAGCCGUAUAGGUUGACACGGCGAUGUGAAGUGACUGCAAUUCUCAUUCUAUAUGGUCUCCCAAGAUUGUUGACAGGUUCAAUUUUAGCUCAUGAGAUGAUGCAUGCAUGGUUGCGACUUAAAGGUUGUCUUUCAUUCUUGUGGUAUUUAGAUAUUGUGUUGGCUAAUGAGUAUGUGCAUUUCACAGGAUACCGCACGCUCACUCCAGAUAUAGAAGAGGGCAUAUGCCAAGUCCUCGCCCACCUGUGGAUCGAGUCAGAGAUCAUGGCAGGAUCAGGCAGCAAUGCCGCAUCGACAUCCUCGUCCUCUUCGUCAUCCACAUCCUCUAAGAAGGGCGGGAGGUCUCAGUUCGAGCGGAAGCUCGGUGACUUCUUCAAGCACCAGAUCGAGUCGGACACCUCCGUUGCCUACGGGGAUGGUUUCAGGGCUGGGAACCGGGUUGUUCAGCAGUAUGGCCUGAAGCGCACCCUCGAGCACAUCCGGCUGACAGGGACAUUGCCAUUCUGA